AUGCAUUUUCAGAAGAUAUCAAUUACACAAGGACUUCAUGUGAGCAAAUUCAAUGAAAUUAUUUCAAUGAAAAAACUGAAAUCCAUUUGUCCUCAGAUCGAUUGGAGUUAUUUAUUGAAAGAAUUACUGAAACAAAUUGGAUAUGAAAAAUCCAAGCAGCUAUCAAUCAUUGUAGAAGGACGAUAUCAGCUUAAACAUCGUUGUGAAUUAUAUGGUGAUGUAAUGAAAACAAAAAAUGAUAAAAGUGCAUUUCGUACAAUCAUUAUUAUGGAUUUUUUGAUUAAUCAAUUGUUGCAAUCCAUGAACCUCAGUCCCACUGGAACAGACAAUAAUUCGUAUUCAUCUUCACAGCCACAUUUUGAUGAGCAAUGUAUAAAUCGGUUGAAGGAUGCAUUUCCAUGGACGCCUGAAAGACAUUAUAUCCGUUCGCAUGUAAACGAAACACACAUAACAGAGGUGAUCAAUAUGUUUAAUGAAAUUAAACUCACUGUAAUUGACUCAAUAUCAAAACUCAACUGGUUGGGUGAGACAGAAAAGCCAUUUUUGCAAGACAAGGUUUCAAAACUGAGCAUAUUUGCCUUGUACUCCAAUCAAAAUGCUUCUCAACAAAAUGAAAAUCUCUCAACAGUAUUCCUAAUGGUUUAUUUAAACCAGGUCAGUAAUUUAAUGAUAUUCCAUCUAUCUCCUUUAGAAUUACCGAUAUUUACAACUCGCGCUUAUUACAAUAUAAAUGCAAACCGUGUUUAUGUGAAUGCUGGAGUGUUGCAACCUCCACUUUAUUAUGAAAAUGGUAGUUUAGCUUCGAAAUUUGGAGCACUUGGUUGGAUUAUAAGUCAUGAGAUCAUGCACGGAAUAGGUAUCCAAGGUGUACUGUUUGAUUCAGCUGGUACUAGUCUAACUGGUUUGACUGGUCUUAUGUUAUCUUCUGUGAUAGAAACCAAAACUUCAUGUAUUAGUGAUCAAUAUAGACUUUAUGAAUUUACCGAUUACAAAGCCCUUCAAACCGAUACACGAGAUGAAAUUUUAGCCGAUAUUGGAGGUUUAAAAGCGUCUUACUAUGUAAGUACAUUUAUGCAACUUAUAAGAAAUGUCUAUUAA